UCGUGUAUGAAUAGCCGUGAGCAUUGAGAAAUAUAUUUAUUAUCAGGCAGAUCAAAUAUGUAGCAUCACACUCAAUGUAUCUCACUCAACUUACAGGUGCAAAAACUUACACGUGCAAAAACAUUUCAGAUCCUGAAAGCAUUUAUUACGCCCCUCCAAUAAAUUACAACGACUCCAAGAAAUGUAUCUCUGAGUCUAGACAUCCUAAAGAACAGCGUGCAGUGUCCGGUUCGGUGUGUCCAUUCUGUCACAAAUCUUAUUCAAGGCUGAACCGGCACGUGCAAGCAGUACAUUUCAGAACUAAACACAUCAAAUGUGAUUAUUGUGAUAAAAGAUUUAUUCAGAAUAGUGAUAAAAUGAGACAUAUGAGGACGCAUAAACACACACCGUAUUGUGUCCCUAAAAUCCGUGAUACCAACACCACCUGCCCCUACUGCCACAAGUUCUUUGCAUCCCACCUGAAACGUCACAUCACCGCCGUCCACUUCAAGCUGAAACCUUACGCGUGUGAUCUGUGUGACUGGCGCUUCGGACGCAAAACUCAUCUGGUGGUCCAUAUGGAGAGAAAACAUAAGAUUAAUAUGAAAAACUGUGCUGAUUUGGAUAGCACUGAGUCUGAGAAUUUAGACGUAACCUUGUUGGAUUAA